AUGCUCUCACGAUUGCGCGACCUGUUCACUGUCCAAGUGCCCGUGUCCAAUCUGUUUGAUUCGGCAGACCUGAGCCUCCUUCCCUGCGACCCAAGCAACCACCCACUCAACAACCGAGUGACCAGCCCCAGCGCGCUUCACACGACUGCUAUUCCUUCUGCCACUAGUGCUACGUCCUUGUCCUUGUCGUCGUCGUCGGGUGCGCUCAUCUGCGAAUCAUCUGCUACACACGCACCAAUGUCAUCAUCGUCGGGCCGCGGCGCACCUGCCCUCAAGAGCACCACGCUCGCAGGUGUCGCCGAGUUUAUGAAGACAAAGAACUGCCGCAAUGUCAUUGUCAUGUCUGGCGCGGGCAUCUCGACGUCCGCGGGCAUCCCCGACUUUCGCUCCCCUGGCACGGGCCUCUAUGACAACCUGCAAAAGUACGGCCUGCCCCACCCGCAAGCCAUCUUUGAGUUGGACUACUUUCGCAAGCGUCCUGAGCCGUUUUUCACGCUGGCACGCGAGCUCUUUCCGGGCAUGUUCAAGCCCACCACGUCGCACUACUUUGUCCGGCUGCUCGAGCGGAAGGGCUUCCUGCUGCGCCACUACACACAGAACAUUGACACGCUCGAGCGCGUCGCGGGCAUCGCGGCCAACAAGCUGGUCGAGGCGCACGGCUCCUUCUCGGGCAACCACUGCAUCAACCCCGCUUGCCGAAAGAGCUUUGACCAGCUCUGGAUGGAAGACCUUGUCUUUGCCGGGAAAAUCCCGCGCUGUGACAAGUGCGAAGACCUAGUCAAGCCCGACAUUGUCUUCUUUGGCGAGAAGCUGCCCGACCGCUUCCACAAGCUCGUCAACGAGGACUUUGGCGCCUGCGACCUCCUCAUCGUUGCUGGCACCUCGCUUGUCGUGCAGCCCUUCGCCUCACUCAUCGAUCUCGUUGGCCAGCGCACGCCCCGCUUGCUCAUCAACCGCGAGAAGGUUGGUCAGGCAGAUCCCAUGGAGCGCAUGCUCGGCUACCGCGGCGGCCUCGACUUUGACAGCAUUGAGAACGUCCGCGACGUUGCGCACCUCGCUUCGUGCGACGACGGUUUCUUGGAGCUCGCUCGUCUGCUGGGCUGGGAGCAGGAGCUGGUGUCUCUUGUGCGUGACGACCAUGAGCGGCUCGCCGCGGCGGCAGUCCAAACGUCCGCCCAGCGCCAAGCGCGCCGAAUGAGUGCUGCCGACCACCAGAUGGCCGCUGGCGAGACCGAGAAGGCGGUUGAUACCAUCACCGCCGCUCUCGUUGGCAUGACCGUUGCAGAGAACGCUGCGGAAGCGUCUCACGCGGAGGAGGCUCGCUCUGCCACUGGGCGUCAUGCUCUCGGUGGCGCUGGCAGCGCUGACAUUGCUCUCAAGCAGACUGCCUCUGAAAUUGCAUCCGUUGUUGCGCAUGCCGUGCAAGCUGCCGAUGCGUCCGAACCCGCCGCGCCAGCACCAUCGAAAUGAUGAGCCAGAUGGGAAAAAAAAAUGUUUGUUUUGAAUCUUCCAUGAGUUUGUGUUUUUUCGAGUUUGUUUUGUUGGUUGUUUGUGUGUGGGUGUUUGUCUCCUUUCCACGUGUUCGUGCUCGAGCUGUUUGUUAUGAAUGUAAAGACUCUGUUUUUCACCCCAAACGGCACAGCCUAACAGCGCUGUUCCUCGUGGUACUAAAGUUGUGC